AUGUCACAACUCCUCCUACUCGUCCUUGCCGCCUCGCUGGCAUGGCCGGCGUCGUGCAAGCCUCUUCCGGUGGUUGUUCCGGUCACCAAGGACCCCGCCACCUCCCUCUACACUAUCCCCUUCUACGACGGCGCCAACCUCGUCGUCGACAUCGCUGGCCCGCUCGUCUGGUCAACGUGCCAGCGCGGUCACCUGCCGGCGAAGUUCCAGUGUAAGAGCGACACCUGCAAGCUCGCCAAUGCCUAUCCCGUCCCGGGCUGCAGCGCAGCCGGCUGCGGCCACGAUCCGCGCAAGGACAGGACAUGCACAGCCUACCCGUACAAUCCGGUCACCGGCGCAUGUGCCGCCGGGAGCCUUGUCCACACAAGGUUCAUCGCCAACACCACCGACGGCAAGAACCCAGUGAACCAGGUGUCCGUCAGGGCCGUGUCGGCGUGUGGAACGACGAAGAAGCUCCUGGCGUCGCUGCCACGGGGCACCUCGGGCGUGGCCGGGCUGGCGGGCACCGCCUUGGCGCUACCAGCGCAGGUCGCUUCGUCGCAGAUGGUCGCAAGGAAGUUCCUCCUCUGCCUCCCCGGCGGCGGCUCCUACGGCGACGGCGUGGCCAUCUUCGGUGGCGGCCCUCUGUACCUCCUCGAGGGGCAGCCGGAGUUCACACAGUCGCUGGAGUACACGCCGCUCCUCACCAAGAAAGACAGCCCCGCGUACUACGUCACGGUGAAUUACAUCGCGCUGGAUGACUCCCGUGUGCCCCUCCCGCCGCGCGCGCUCGCCACUGGCGGCGUGGUGCUCCGCACGAUGGUGCCCUACACUGCGCUGCGCGCCGACGUGUACCGCCCCUUCGUGGCCGUGUUCGGCAAGGCCAUGGCGGCGCAGUGGCAGUACGCGCGCGUAGUGAAGCCGGUGGCGCCAUUCGGGCUGUGCUACGACGCACGGACGCUGGUCAAUGCGCAUAGCGGGUACAUGGUGCCGAGCGUGACGCUGGCGCUGGAUGGAGGGAAGAAAUGGACGAUGGCCGGCGUGAACUCGAUGGUGGACGUGAAGCAGGGGACGGCGUGCCUGGCGUUCGUGGAGAUGAAGGGUGUCAAGGCCGGGGACGUAAACGCGCCAGCAGUGGUCGUGGGAGGGUUUCAGAUGGAGAACUUCGUGCUCCACUUCGACCUAGAGAAGAAGCGGCUCGGCUUCCUCAGGCUGCCCUUCUACACGCCGUGCAGCCAAUUUAAUUUCACUCGGAACGCCAAAUAA